AUGUCACAGAUAUUGAUAGUCUGGGUAUCCAAGAAUAAAUUGGAAAGUUUUGAAAAUAAUGAAAAAGAUCCGUUAUCAUUAGAAGGGUUGAAGCAUCUUUUGAUGAAAACUCUUGAUACCAAAGCACCGUUUGCUACUUCAGAGUUUGAUAUUUGGAAAUAUGCUUUAAAAAAAGUUAUAAGUAUUGUUACACAUGAUAGGAAAACUGAACUUUCAAAGUGUGAUGCCGAUGAAUUUAAUGAAGUAAAGACUCAUUUAACCCCUUUUACCUAUUAUAUUGAUUUAAAUCGAAUGGAUGUGGACGAAAUUAUGAAAUACAUUGAACCUGUAAAUAUUUUUUCAAUUGAAAAACUCAAGGAUAUUUAUUGCUCCAAAGCAAGGGACAAGGAAUUACCAAAUAUUCGUGGAAUACCUGUUUUUAAAUGGAAAAAUAGUGAAUCUGAGAAGCAAUUGAUUGUUUCUAAUGAUGGAUAUACUGUUGGGAUGAAACCCAACAAUUCAAACAUAAAUCUAUAUUGGAAUUUAAGUACAACUGAACAAAAUUACCAUGGGUGGGUCCUUGGAUCUGAUGGUUACGUUUAUCGUAAAAACAGAUGGAAAUGGUAUGAUGCAGAGAUGAAAGUAGGGAACCAUGUUACAAUUUUUCUGGAUAUAAGCACAGUUGAUAAAAGGAGGAAAUGCAAAUGCUCAUUUUCUAUCAAUGGAAAGGCUAGAAAGCCUGUAGUUUCCGGAUACGGAUGGGAUGAUAUUCCUUCUCAAGUUUAUCCUGUUGUUUCUUUAGGUUGUGGUAGUGAUUUGCGUAUAGAACCUGUAUCAACACGUAUAUAA